AUGGCUCCUUCAUCAGUCUUUGUGAAGGCCGGCGCCGUCGCCAUGGCUGCAUUCACAUCAUCGGCCGCAGCGGCAGCUGUCGCUGUACCAACCAAGUACAAGGUUGCAGAUGUAUACCAGGGACAGACUUUCUUUGAUCACUUCAACUUCAAUGCCGAUGUUGACCCGACCCAUGGAUUCGUCGACUUCAAGACGCAGGCUGUUGCCAAGAGCCAAGGGUUGAUCAGUGUCAACAUACUUGGACAAGCAUACCUGGGAGUUGACUCGACGACUAUUCUUACGGACCUGAACAAGCGCGGCAGGGCUAGUGUUCGUGUGGAAAGCAAGAAGCUCUAUAAUGGAGGCCUCUUCAUCGCCGAUAUUGCCCACAUGCCCUCAUCCGUCUGUGGUGUGUGGCCGGCAUUCUGGACUUCCGGACAGCAAAACUGGCCAAAUGAUGGUGAGAUUGAUAUCAUCGAGAAUAUCAGCGAGGCCCAGCAGAAUGCCGUCACCCUGCACACAGGGACCCAGGACUGCACCCUUUCCAAGGCUGCUCAGGGAGGGAGCUUGGUUACUUCGCACUGCUCCAACUACUACGCAGACCAUGUGACGCAGUGGGAGAACCAAGGUUGCUCUGUUGAUAGUACCAACUCCGCCAACAACUAUGGCGACAGCUUCAACUCCGUUUUAGGUGGGAUCUACGCGCUGGAAUGGACCGGAACGACUAUCAAGAUCUGGAACUUCCCUCACCUCAGUGCCGAUGGUAUCAACGCAUUGAGCGCAAACCCAGACCCGACCAAAUGGCGCAAGGCGACUCUCACCACCGUCGGAGGCUCUUGCGAUGUUAAGAACCUGUUCAAGAACCACAACCUGAUCAUCGACACGACCUUCUGUGGUGAUUAUGCUGGCCAGGAUGUCUUCUGGCAAGCGACUACGUGCUACAAGUCCAACAAAACCAAAUACGCCAGCUGUGCAUCCUACGUGGCCUCAAACCCGAGCAAAUAUAAGAACGCAUAUUGGCUUAUCAAUAGCAUCAAGCAGCACACAGGCUUCAACCUCGACCACGGCUUCAACUUCGACUUCGACCGACGCUCCAACUUCGACCGAUGCUUCAACUUCGACCAAGGCUUCAACCUCGACCACGGCUUCAACUUCGACUUCGACCGACGCUUCAACUUCGACCAUGGCUUCAACCUCGACCAAGGCUUCAACUUUGACUUCGACCGACGCUCCAACUUCGACCGACGCUCCAACUCCGACCGAUGCUUCAACUUCGAUCAUGGCUUCAACCUCGACCAAGGCUUCAACUUCGACUUCGACCGACGCUCCAACUUCGACCGAUGCUUCAACUUCGACCAAGGCUUGUUCUUCGGCUUCGACCGCGACCGACGCUCCAACUUCGACCGAUGCUUCAACUUCGACCAAGGCUUCAACCUCGACCACGGCUUCAACUUCGACUUCGACCGACGCUCCAACUUCGACCGACGCUUUAACUUCGACCAAGGCUUCAACCUCGACCAAGGCUUGUUCUUCAACUUCGACUUCGACCGACGCUCCAACUUCGACCAUGGCUUCAACCUCGACCAAGGCUUGUUCUUCGGCUUCGACCGCGACCGACGCUCCAACUUCGACCGACGCUUCAACUUCGACCAUGGCUUCAACCUCGACCAAGGCUUCAACUUCGACUUCGACCGACGCUCCAACUUCGAUCAUGGCUUCAACCUCGACCAAGGCUUCAACUUCGACUUCGACCGACGCUCCAACUUCGACCGAUGCUUCAACUUCGACCAAGGCUUCAACCUCGACCAAGGCUUAUUCUUCGGCUUCGACCGCGACCGACGCUCCAACUUCGACCAUGGCUUCAACCUCAACUUCGACCGACGCUCCAACUUCGACCAAGGCUUCAACUUCGACCGAAGCCGCCACCUCGAACACCGGCGAUGUUAUCCCCACACCUCCUGUCAGCACUCUGUCGCCGAAUACAUACAGCAACUCUUCCAUGACCGCCCCAACCUCGUAUCCUACUCUCACUUCCACCGUCGUCACUACCUCUGUGUAUACCAGGUAAUCACAAGCUUGACGACGCGGUGUCCUGGCAACCCAACCUACACGCCUGUCCCUACCACUACCCCUGAGUCUGAUGAAUACACCACCUCGACUGUGUAUGCCACCAACGUCGUGACGGUUACCAAGUGCCCCCAAACUGUCACCGACUGCCCCGCUUCAUCCACCGUUGUUGUGACCUCCGUAUACCCAGUUUCGACCACCGUCUGCCCCGUUGGUUCCCUACCAACCUACUCCGGUCUUCCUUCUGUGAUUCCCCCAUACGGAAAUGGCAACGGGACCGGGACCGCUGGCCCUACCGGACCCGCUGGUACAGGAGGACCUGCAAACCCAACCAAGUCAUCCGCCCCUGUGCAACCUACCAAGCCAGUUACUCCAGUGCAGCCUACGAAGCCAGUUACUCCAGUUCAGCCUACCGGCCCGGCUUUCGGUAGCUCUGCAGACAGGAUUGGAGCUAGCGUGAGCCUGUUGAUGGGUGUUGCUGCUGUUGCCCUGCUUUUGUAG